AAUUCUGUACUCUUAUCAUCAACAACACAAUGGCACAGUUCCAUUAUGUUUUCCUUUUUAAGUUGUCUUUAAUCAUAAUGAUAUUGCUUAGAACUAGUGUAAAUGGAAAACGUUUUGGAACAACCAAGUUGGGUUCUAAAUUUACAUUUGUGCCAACAAACUUUGAUGUCGAAAAUGCAAAAAACAAAGAGUAUGAGGUUUAUAACUACACUCAAACAUUGGAUCACUUUAAUUUUAAGUCAGAAAGUUACACGACAUUUCAACAACGUUAUGUUUUAAACCGUAAAUAUUGGGGCGGGACGGCUAAAAGUUUUCCAAUCUUUGUUUAUACGGGCGCAGAGUCCAGCAUCAUGGGAGAUGUAGAAUAUAGCGGGUUUGAGAUGACCCUUGCUUCGCAAUUUAAAGGUCUUUUGGUCUAUAUAGAGCAUCGGUAUUAUGGGACAUCCAUGCCAUUUGGAUCAUAUGAAGAAGCAUAUAAAAAUGCAAAUACUCUUGGAUUCUUUACUUCGGAGCAAGCUUUAGCAGAUUACGCUCAAAUAACGCUCCAUGUCAAGAGUAACUUGUCCGCGGAAGAUUGUCCGGUCAUAGCUAUUGGAGGCUCAUAUGGUGGAAUGCUUGCAUCAUGGUUUCGUUUAAAAUAUCCCCACAUCGUGUACGGAGCGUUGGCAUCAUCGGCUCCAAUCCUCUAUUUUUUGGGGCUCACUCCCGAGAAUGGAUAUGCUGUUGUUGUUUCAAAGGACUUCAACAGUACAAGCACGAGUUGCUACAACACCAUAAGAGAAUCUUGGUUCGAAAUCGACAGAGUUGCUGCUCAAUCCAACGGCCUUUCAACCCUUUCUCAAACGUUCAACACUUGCUUGCCAUUAAACACGAGUCAGGAUCUAAAGGAUAAUCUGGAGAGUUGGUACAAGUUUGUGGCUCAGUAUGAUAACCCUAGAGCUAACUAUUUACCAACUUUUUGCAACGCAACCAACCGAGCCGGAGCAAAUACUUACGUUCUUGACAAAAUCAUGGCUGGAUUCAGUGCACUUUUAGGAAAAGAAUGCAUUUAUAUUUCUGAUUUGGGUCUUCAAAAAUAUCAUGGAUGGCAUUGGCAGAAAUGUACCGAAAUGGUAAUGCCAAUGGGAAAUGGAGAAAACGAUACGGUGUUUCAAGCGGAUCCUUUCGAUCUAGCCGAGUACACCAAGGAAUGUAAACAAGUCUUUGGUGUCACCCCAAGACCUUAUUGGAUCCCGAUACAGUUUGGGGGUUAUGGCAUCAAAACCGUGUUGGAAAACUUUGCGAGCAACAUAAUUUUCUCAAACGGACUGCGUGAUCCAUAUAGUUCCGGAGGCGUUAUGCAAAACAUAUCAGAUUCUGUGGUGGCAAUUUAUACAGAAGAAGGACAUCAUUGCUUGGACUUGCAAACUCCAAACGAUACGGAUCCAGACUGGUUAAAGGCUCAAAGAAAUGCUGAAAUCAACAUGAUUGAAGGAUGGCUCUCAGAAUAUAAGAUCCCUAAUGCUAACUAGUGAUAUAUGGAUUCGGUAACGGGUCUUAUGUAAUAAAAAUAAAUAAAAAAGCAUGUAUGUAUAUGUAUUAAAAGUAAAAGUGAGCUAUCACACGAUAUUUACUUACUUUGAACACAUUAUUAUAUUUAUAUAUGUAUCAUAACUAGGUUGCAACACA